UGAUGAUCGAGGGAAGCACCGAUGAGGAACAUGAUGCUCGUUUGAACAAGGUACUGCAAAGAUUUAAGGAGAGAGGUGUGGUUUUGAACCAAGAUAAAUGCAAAUUUCAUGUAACACAACUAGACUUUCUUGGGUACAAAAUCAGUCAACAAGGUAUUCUUCCAUCAGACUCCAAACGAGAUGCAGUAAUGGGAUUUAGAAUACCUGAAAACGAGAGCGAAGUAAGAUCAUUUCUUGGUUUAGCCAAUUACAUGGGAAAAUUCAUACCUAAUUUAGCUGCCGUAGAUGAGCCUCUUAGGAAAUUAACACAGAAAGGAAUAAUGUUUCGUUGGGGAGAACCUGAGGAAUCAGCUUUUCUAGAGAUAAAAUCGAGAAUAGCCAAUGCAGGUUGUCUGGGAUUUUAUAGAUUGGAAGAGGAUACCUCACUAAUAGCAGAUGCUAGUCCUUAUGCCCUGGGAGCAGUUCUCAUACAGACGAACGAUCAAAACGAGUCUCGUGUAAUUGGAUUUGCUUCUAAAUCAUUGACCGAUACCGAAAAAAGGUAUUGCCAUUCGGAAAAGGAAACUUUGGCCUUAGUAUGGGGAGUAGAACGUUUUCAAACAUACUUGAUUGGAAGAACUUUCAAUCUGUUAACUGAUUGCAAGGCCCUAACCUAUCUUUUUACACCGAUCUCGCGGCCUUGUGCCCGUAUUGAAAGGUGGGUCCUUCGGCUUCAGAGUUUUCAGUACAAAAUUGUAUACAUAUCUGGUCAAUGAAUAUAGCCGACGUCCUGUCGCGACUUUCAACUCUCCAACCUAAGCCGUUCGAUGAAACCGAGGAACUAUUGGUACACGAGAUUGCAACAACUGCUGUUAACGCGAUUGCGCUGAAGUGGGAGGAUAUUAAAAGAGCCAGUCGAGACGACGAGCAGAUCAAUGAUAUAUUUGAUGCCCUCGAAACUGGAUGUAGCGAUGAUUUACCGUUAGUUUUCAAAUCCACAUUUAAGGAAUUGUGUAGGGUAGACGAUGUUUUACUCAGAGGUGAUCGAAUCGUUAUACCGGAAAUACUACAAGGUCGAGUAGUUCAGUUGGCACAUGAAGGGCAUCCUGGGAUUAGAAUCAUGAAGGCUCAUUUGCGAACGCAUGUUUGGUGGCCAAAAAUGGACAGUCAAGUGGAAAAAUUUGUAAAAGCUUGCCGUGGGUGUAUUCUAGUGUCUGCUCCAAAUCCACCUGAACCGAUGGUUCGAAAAGUGUUCCCUACUCAGCCUUGGCAACAAAUCGCUAUCGAUUUUUUAGGCCCGCUGCCGGAAGGAGAAAACCUGUUAGUAAUCGUAGAUUAUUACAGCAGAUAUUUAGAGGUGGUUGAGAUGAACAGUAUUACUACAGAAUCUACCAUUAGAGAGCUCUUAAUCGUAUUUGCUCGAUAUGGUGUUCCGGAAACAGUUCGUGCUGAUAACGGCCCCCAAUUCAGCUCGGAUGAGUUUCGAGCGUUUUGUACGGAAUAUGGAAUAAAGCUAGUAAAUACUAUACCGUAUUGGCCUCAAAUGAACGGCGAGGUUGAACGACAAAACCGUUUAAUUUUAAAGAGACUACGUAUAGCACAAGAGCUUGGAAAAGACUGGCGGGCUGAGCUUUGUAAGUAUUUGAUGGUGUAUCAUGCUGCCGCUCAUUCUACGACGGGCAAAGCACCCAUGGAAUUGAUGUUUGGUAGAAAGAUGCGUACAAAACUUCCAGUAGUUCCUAGCACUGCGACUGAUUAUGAGGAGGUUAAGGAUAGGGAUACAGUCGCGAAGGAGAAAGGUAAACAGUAUGCGGAUAAGAGACGUCACGCAACGCCAAGUAGCAUUGGUAUUGGAGAUCAAGUUUUGGCAAAAAGGCCGAAGAAGGACAACAAAUUGAAUUCCGAUUAUUCACCGGAGGUGUUCGAUGUGCUAAGGAAAGACGGGACCGAUGUAACUAUUCGCUCUACUUCAUCGGGCAAGCAGUUCCGUAGAAGUGCCGCCCACCUCAAAGUAAUUCCGCGAAAUGGUAACGAUGCGACUGACUCUUCACUGGAUGACCAGGAUCGUAACAGGACAGUCUCUGGAAGCGAAGUUAUAGAAAAUGUAGAACCUGCUCAAUCUGUCAAUGUUUCCACAGAAUCCCGGUCGAAAAGGAUGCGGACUGAGCCUUCGCGGCUUAAAGAUUAUUUUGCUUAUUGAAAGAUUCAUUAAAAGGAAGAGAAGCGUGCACACGAGGUGAGAUUUGACAGAUGAGACGGGAGCUUUACGAGGAAAACGUGCAGACAAAUAUUAGUGGCUCGGGCUGCGGAAAAUAUAAGUACAAAAUCGGGAAUAAUACUGCGUUAAUUACUACACUGACCAGGUUGUACCGUCGGUUGAACGUUAUUGCUACCGACCUUUAGGAUGAUGGUCAUGGUCUGGAAGAAAUCUUAAUUUUCUGAUGUUGUGGUUGAAGGUGGUUCUGCUGCUGAGCUUGCUGUGAAAUGUUGGCGAUAAGCACUCGAAUAGUGAUUGCUUGCUGCUGCUGGAAUGGAAUCACGAGCACUGUGGAGGCAGUGAUAUUUUCAUGCAAGGAACUAGUAGGAACCAAGGCUGGAAUAUGACGUUUGUGCUUGAAUCCGAUUUCUCUAAAUCAGGAAGGCAACCGCUGGUAAAAAUAGUGGCAGACAAGUUUUAAGGUGCACCUUGUGUUGACGAACGGAGUCGGAUCGGAGUCGGAUCGAACAAAACGAAAAUAAUGGACCAAGCAGCAAAAGAGGUCGACGCGGAGACAUUUAGAAAACUAAAAGCUCAAAAAAUUAAUGAUUCCUCCCUACUACUACUGCAAGAUAUUGAUCUGCAGGAAAUGGGGAUAGUGGAGAAAGGUCCACGAAUCGUCUUACUGAGCAUAAUCGACAGGCUGAAAUCUGAGUCACAGGGAGUUUCACAUCAUGGAUCUACUUCGCAGGUUGGCACCAUGGCAGAUGACGUACGGGCACUCCUAGAGGCCGAUAUAAAAUUCAGGCACAAAAUAUUGCCUAUUUUGGACCGUGGAGUAAUCCCUUCUAUACCUAAAAACUAGAUGAACCGAUUAACACAAAUCGCAUGCCAGUCUUUGGAGACCAGAGUGAUAAAAAAUCAAAAAUAUCCGACAACCGAUGAGCAGAUUGACCUGGCUAAAGCGAUUAUUAACCUGUUUCCACAGUUAAGCGAAACGCGAUUGCACAAGGAUGCUCCUGUCGAGUCUUGCUUUUUCUGGGUCUAAGGUGGAAACAAUGGUGCAAAUAGUGGAUUGAUCUACCACCGGUUGCGCAACGCUAUUAAGGAACUGCCACCACACUUGCGCAAAUUCAAAAGAGCAAAACCAGAUGUAUAUGGUGUACCUACGGAAAUACUACACCAAGCUGAAUUACUGCGAGUCCAGGAGGCGACGAACGGAGUGGUUAAACAUAUAGUCGAGGAGAUGGCCAAAUGUUUUCCGUUGCAUCAACUACUGUUGAAAGAAAAAAAAAGUGUGGGGGAUAUUUUAGAAAUCUUCCCACACUUCCGUUCUUAUCACGGACUUCUGGUAAGACCUGCACAGAAAAAAACAUGUAAUCAUUAUUCUGUAGUUAUAUUUACUAUAAUCUGAACUUACCAGCAAAAACAACAUGCAUCAACGGUCGAAUACUCUUCUUUAAAUAGGUCAUUCAACAUGCAUUCCACCGUCUGCUUCCUACAUCUAAAGAUGAACCAGAUCAUUAUCUAAAUGUUUGCUGUAUGCUGAAAAUAAAUUUCUAUUGGUUGAG